AUGGCAUCUGGCCGGCUUGGCGCAUGCACGGGCUACUUGGACGGGUACACCGCGCCGGACACGGAGCUGACCGAGGAGGAUGGGACGGCUGGCGAUGCGCGGCCGGCCGCCGCGUACGCCUUUGUCCGACUCUCGCCUUGCGGCAUCGGACCGCCGUACGGAAGCGGCAGCGGCGGCACGUCGCUCGCGUCGCUCUCGCACGCCGGAUUGGCGUUGGCCACGACGCUGCCUUUCGCCGCCGAUGGCUGCUCUCGCGACCCUCUCGUUCGCGCUCUCGCGGAGCGGCAUGGCGCCUCGCCGGCCCAGCUGCUGCUGCGUUGGUCGACGCAGCUCGGGCUGAUGUGA